GUAACAUCACAUCUAUUUGUACCGCGACCACAACACGGAACAAAUCCCCGCCUGCCACUUCUCGACUCAAGCAUCCGCACCCAGACCAGUCACUCUCGCGCUCGCUUACAACACGUCGAGGUAAUGGCGCCGCUGUACCACCUAGUGCAGGAGUCUAUCUGGGCCAAGUGCAAGGCAGAGGGGACGGCAUACUUCCCCCCGACCUAUGACCAAGACGGAUUCAUUCACCUAACCGCCGAGCCGCGCUUUCUCCUGGGUGUGGGAAACCAGUUCUACAAGGACGUGGCAGGCACCUUCCUGCUGCUGGUGCUGGACUAUGAGAAAUUAAGCGCCAAGGUGAUUUUCGAGCCGGCUGCACCAGUGGGUAGCAAGUCCAGUGACGGGCUGUCGGCGGGCGGCGAGGCCAAGGCGAAGGAGGAGCUGCCGCUAUUCCCCCACCUGUACGGCACCAUCGACUUCGGCGCCGUGACUGCGGAGCUGCCCAUUGAGCGCGAUGCGUCUGGCGCGUUCCUGUCCAUUCCGGGCUUGGACGCAGCGGCGGCGCCCUGAGCAGCCCGGCGCGGGUGUCGGAACUAUGUCACGUCAGUUGAGGUUAAGGGAGGAGGCAUGGGCGAGGAUGAAGUGGGCGAGGGUGAGGGCGAAUGGUUGGGGCAGUGGCGCCGGGCCUACGGGGCAGAUGUGGUCCCAGCGGGGCGUGCAGGUGGCCCAAGCCCCACCACACGGCAGGGCUGCUGUUGUGACAGGUGCCAUUCAGGCUUCCGCAAGUCGCGGACCAGGAAAGCAUCCCUGCUACUGAUGGCAAGUGGGGCCUUACGUGGAGGCCUCACCGCCCUCCAUGCAAGGACGCUUGAGGAGGCUCAUAAGGGCUGCAUCACAGACAACGCCGGGACGCGUGCGGCCUGUGCAGUGGGGACGAUACGCCUGCGAGCCGCCGCCCCUCGGGGCUGCAGACUGCAGUCUCGUGCCCUGCAAAGGGCACGCACGGCGGCGAACUCCGGUGAUCAGUAAAUUAUCGGUACGCUGUCGCGGACUUGCUGUCGAUGCUGUAUUGCCGAUGUAAAACUGGACGGGGGAUGUCACAGGACCGUCAGGUUGUUCGCACUGGGCUGAGUCCGAGAGAGUCGUCGUAGCUGACAGUCUGAGCUGGCGGGGAUUGGCUACAGACGAUUGGAGGCAAUGUAGACGCCGGCGAGGUCGCAAGUAAGACUCCACAGGGGUUGAUGUAUUGUCGCCCCAUGCUCGCCAAGGACACGCGUAUCUCCUACGUGACGGUCUGCUGUUGGGUGGCUGUUUGCUUAGGCCUGCUAGCUUGCACGGCGCACAUUGUGGACACCGCUUGAUGGCGCCGGCCACUGUCACGAGGUGGCCUACAUGAUGACACGCGGCCCCAGGGACCAAGUGCGCGCGCGCACCGGCAGGCAACACCGGUCCGGGUGUCGUCGUGCUCGGUUGCAAGACCUCGCGUGCGUGCGGUGCGGGGGCCGGAGGGGCGACGGGGUGCCGGGCAUGCACGCAUUCAUUCGCCCUGCUGCGUGCGCAGUGGUGAUCCGCUGACCUGCUGUAACGUGUCCUCAAU